GACCUCGGGCCUGGGCUCGUGCGUGUAGCGUGGGGGGGCGGGGGUGGAAAAGGUGGGGAAGGAGGUGGGGAGGGUGGAGAAAUUGGGCCAAUAUUGUUGAAUGCGGAGGCGUGGAGGUCACCUACAAGGGUUGUGGGCGGGCAGGUGCUGCCGGGGAUAGUGCCGAGAGGGAGGGUGGAGAUUUCAGUGACAGUGGUUCCCGGUGGUGGGAAUGGAGCUCCCGAGGGGUUCGGCGUAAUUGGUGUGUUUGUGUUGUCUGGACUGCUUCCAGAUUCCAUGUUUUCAUAA